GUGAAAGGUUACAAUUUUACAAAAUAUAGCAACAUCUGCUGUGAUUUGAAGCAUUUACAUUAAAGAACAAGCCGAUUUCUUAUUACAUAGCCGUCAAGUUCGUCAACUUCGACAAUUUAAGUCAUUUUCAGCUCUGCUUCUCGAGGAAAUAUAUCAUUAAAAUACACCAUUGAACAUGGAUAGAACGACGUGGCUGACAAUAAUUAUACUGGCAUCAGCAGUUGUUUGCCAACUUUCUGAAGCUGUGCCUGGAUGCCCAAAGACCACCCCCUGUACUGAAAACCAUCAUUGCAACGAAGGUUGGGCUUGUUUGGGACCUGAAUUCAACAAGAUAUGUAGAAAAUGUCCACCUUGUAAUGAUACCGACACUCAAUGUGCUUGGCAGAAUGGAAAAGUGGUAUGCGAUUGUUCUAAUUCUAAUGGCUAUUCUGGGAAGUAUUGCAAUUGCCCACCUGUUCCACAGGAACCUGACUGUGUGGACGAAUAUUUGUUUAAUGCUGAGUGCGACGAAUUUUCCAAUGAUCCAGAUGAUUUUGAGAUGGUUGCUAAUUCUAAACUAGAAAAUGUAAACGUCCAAUCCAGCUUUGGUGAAGUUAUGACAGUAGAUGCCUGCAAAACCCAUUGCAUUGACGGUGGUGCCUUUCUUUAUCAGUAUUCGUCUACAACACAUGAAUGCAAACUAUUCUCUAAUAGUGACACAGUCCCUUUAAAGAGUCUCAUUGGUUACGUUAAACCAGAAUUAAAUACUGAAUUAGGCUUAAGAAAAUGCUUAGCCUGCUCUGUAGUAUCUUAAAGAACGUAUGGGAUUGGAAUACUAAGCUGAAUGAAAAACGAAAGAUGGUGAGACAUGAAAUGUAAAAUGACGCAAUUAAACAAUCAUGACGCAAUUAAACAAUCAUGAAGCAAUUAAACAAUCAUGAAACAUUA